ACCUUUGCUCAUUUCAGAGAGUUCUCCUGUUCCGAAACAUGGUGACCAAGGAGAAGGAGAGACUGGGGCUUGUGGAGACCAGCUCCGCCUCCCCUCAUGUCACUCACAUUACCAUCCGCCGGUCCCGGAUGUUGGAGGACGGCUACGAGCAACUUCGGCAGCUCUCCCAGCACGCCAUGAAGGGCGUCAUCCGUGUGAAGUUUGUCAAUGACCUCGGGGUGGACGAGGCAGGGAUUGAUCAAGAUGGCGUUUUCAAGGAGUUCUUGGAAGAGAUCAUCAAGAGGGUGUUUGACCCGGCGCUUAACCUGUUCAAGACGACCAGUGGGGACGAGAGACUCUACCCUUCGCCCACGUCCUACAUUCAUGAGAAUUACCUGCAGCUCUUUGAGUUUGUGGGCAAGAUGCUGGGGAAAGCUGUGUAUGAGGGAAUUGUGGUGGACGUGCCCUUUGCAUCCUUCUUCCUGAGCCAGCUGCUCGGGCACCACCACAGUGUCUUCUACAGCUCUGUGGAUGAACUGCCUUCUCUGGACUCCGAGUUCUAUAAAAACCUCACUUCCAUUAAGCGGUACGAUGGGGACAUUGCUGACUUGGGCCUGACACUGUCAUAUGAUGAGGAUGUCAUGGGUCAGCUUGUUUGCCAUGAACUGAUUCCUGGAGGGAAGACCAUUCCUGUUACAAAUGAAAAUAAAAUUAGCUAUAUCCAUCUGAUGGCCCACUUUCGAAUGCACACUCAAAUCAAGAACCAGACAGCUGCCCUCAUUAGUGGAUUCCGUUCCAUCAUCAAACCUGAGUGGACCCGGAUGUUCUCGACCCCUGAGCUACAGCGACUCAUCUCCGGGGACAAUGCUGAGAUCGAUCUGGAAGAUUUAAAGAAGCACACAGUGUACUACGGUGGUUUCCAUGGAAGUCACAGGGUCAUUAUCUGGCUCUGGGAUAUCCUGGCCUCUGACUUCACGCCCGACGAGAGAGCCAUGUUUCUGAAGUUUGUGACCAGCUGCUCCAGGCCCCCCCUCCUGGGAUUUGCCUACCUCAAACCUCCCUUCUCCAUCCGCUGUGUGGAAGUGUCGGAUGAUCAGGACACCGGGGACACCCUGGGCAGCGUCCUGCGCGGCUUCUUUACCAUCCGCAAGCGGGAGCCAGGUGGCCGCCUGCCCACCUCCUCCACCUGCUUCAACCUGCUCAAGCUGCCCAACUACAGCAAGAAGAGCGUACUGCGGGAGAAGCUGCGCUACGCCAUCAGCAUGAACACGGGCUUCGAGCUCUCCUAGCUCCCGUCCUCGCAGACUCUGGGCUCCCAAGCACCCUCAGCCCCAAGAGGCGGCGUUCCCCUGGGAGCACGACUGACGUGCCAGGGGACGGUGGCCCCCAGACCCUCUCUAUAGCCAUGAGACCCCCCUGUGGCCUCAAGAACUUUGGAUGCACGUGAAAAAGCUACCCGACACUCUCCAGGUGACACUAACAGGAAGGGGGUGUUGAAAAUAAACCUCCAGAUUCCGCCAGCAUUGGUCCUUCUUUCCUACUUUACAGUGGCCUGAAGCCGAGGCCUGUGAUGGCAGUGGGGCUUCUUUUUUUGUUAAUUUGGUCUUUUCGUGAGUUUCUGUUCCUUAACUUUCUGAGCGAGCCAUGCAUGAACAAGUCUCAGGAACACCAAGGCUCCAGAAUGGGCAUGGGCCUGAAUGCACGAAGCCGACCAAACGUGAGAUGCUCCCCUUCCGUUUCUGAAAACUCUUUACUCAGGUAAGGCCUCGCCAAGCCUCUAUGCACCCGACAGAGUCUCAGCCUCCGCCCCGUCCGCAGCAGCCUCUCUCCAGAUAGCCAGGCCCACCUGCUCCCAGGCAGCAGAGGUGCCUGCCGGUGAGACCACGGAGCACCGGAAGCUCAGGGCGCUGCUCCCACCUCAGAGCCACGAGUUCCACUCGGCGGCGGUCCUCUGCCCAUUCUCACCUCAGAUGCUCCGGGUCCUCAGCAGCCGGGCUGCCGGGGAGUCCCUUCUGGCUUGCUCCCGUCUUGGGCACUCAUGUUGGCAUCCCGGGUUUGGGAGAAAAAGACCCAACGGUCCUUAAGAGCGGCUCCGUUUCCAGAAGGCACUAGCUGUUACUCGAAGCCUGCUGAUUGCUGGGGAGGGCGGCUGCCUUUCCCCUGCUUGUUGGCCACACUUGUCGUCUAGUGAGGAACAAACACCAGCUGAAGGUACCUGUCCCAUCUGGGCAGUGGCUUUACUCUGUAGAUUGUAAAAGUCCCAAGAAACUUGGGUCUUGUUUCCCGUCCUUCCUCGGCACUGGGAACCCGGGAGCCCUUUGCACUGACGGAGGCUCACGAGGCUGAGGAGACUCACGGGCCCUCCGGGUUUUUUGGUUUUGGGUUUAUCACUUUGUUUUCUCUUCCAACCCAUUGCACUCUUCUGCCAUCAUUCUUCACCUUUAUCGCGAGAAGUGUACUCUAGAUCCAGGGAAUUGAGGCAGAAGCCAUGUUAGUGUUCUGUGUGGACAGCCACCCAGCCUCGCCCACGUCACCACACUCCUGGUGCAUCCCCACCAGCCAGACUGAAGCCAGACUAGAGGCCAGGAGCCGGCAGAGGGCUCGCAGCUCUCUUCCAAAUAGCAAAACACCUUCCAGAAAGAACCUUCAUGUUGGCGGCAAAGCGGGCAGGACCUGUCUCCAUGGCCUCGGGCAGACGGUUUCAGCCGGGUGCCGGCGUCCUGCCCAAGCGCAAGUUUGGCCAUGUUAGAGCCCCAGCCUUCUACAAAACAGAGCACGUGUUUACCUUGAUGGGGAGAGAGCAAGGAAUUUAAAGACAGAUAGGAAUUUAUUACUCUUAUUAUUAUUAAGAUUUGUCAGUAAUCUCCGAUUCUGUGGACUUGCCACCAUCUUUAAACACUCGAUUCCUUGGAAAAUUCCUUUUAAACGUGCGUGUUGUGCUCUGGGCAGGUGGGUGCGUUUAUGCUGGUGCCUAAAGGAUUGUCAACCUGCAUUAAGAGGUUUGAUUCUUAUUCCCUAGGGGUCUGCCGGUGUGGGAUGCAGAGAGUGGGUUCCUAAGCACCAGCAUCAACUUUGUUCUUCUGAUGAGGAGGGGUAGUUUGUAACUUCAUUUAACUUCAGCAGGUGGAAGUAUUGCACUAUCUGAAACCCCGAGUCUGUACUUUUCUAGGUGGUGUUCACAGACACCUCGAUGGCUCUUGAUGGCUGUAAAAAGUUGUGGGGUGGAGCUUGUUUUCAUAGAUAACUUUGGAUUAAAACAACAAAAGCUUUAUUAAAUUUGUACUCAGCACACAGUGGCUUUGUUCCGCUU